AUGACCGCAAAGAUUGGUCCUCAUGACUUCUCGAUGCUCUUUGGGCAUACCAUACUGCUUACAAAGCUUAACUUGGCGGCAGGACUCAAUCGUAAGCUUCAGUUAUCAAAAAUUGAGGAGUUAAGGAAUGCUGCUCAUGACAACUCUAGGAUCUAUAAGGCUAAAACGAAAGCGGCUCAUGACAAGCAGAUUCUAAGAAAAGAAUUUGAGCCAAACCAACGAGUGCAUCUUAAUGACUCUCGUUUGCAUCACCACCCUGGAAAGCUGAGAUCAAGGUGGACUGGCCCAUAUGUUGUGAAAACUGUCUUUCUCAACGGUGCUGUUGAGGUCACAAACCCAACCGAUGGGAAAGUAUUCAAAGUAAAUGGCCAAAGACUAAAACAUUACAUAGAGAGGACCACCCAGCCUGAAGAAGUCACUCUCGUGGAAUCGGUUUACCAAUUCUGA